AUGUUGCGGAACCUGCUUCCACGACUUCUUUUUUUGCUGUUUAUGCUGCCAAAGGCAAGAAGACUGGUGGCGAUAUCUGGAUACUUUGCGUUGGUUAUGAUGGUUUUGUCGACUCUAGGGAUGCAAAUGACUACUGUUGAGGGGUAUGGUGUGUAUUACAAUGAUAUGUGUAUAUGGUCAAUGUUGGUGAUUAUCUGCCUAUGUUGCUGCAACUCAGCUGGUAAUUUGCAUUAG